AUGGGAAGCAGCGUCAGGACCCCGACCCUCACAGCCCUUCUGUGCCUCGACAACCUGACCCUCCAGUGUCACUCAGAAGACGGAUUUGACACAUUCGCUCUGACGAAGGACCAGGGGCUCACACCUCCUGUGCGUCUACAUGGGCAGCCCAGCCCCGACUUCCCCCUGGGCCAUGUGAACUCCACCCAUGGGGGCCGGUACACAUGCUAUGGUGGAUACAGCCUCUCCUCCACCUGGUCGGCCCCUAGUGCCCCCCUGGACAUCCUGGUCACAGGAAUGUAUGAGAAGCCAUCCCUGACAGCCCAGCCAGGGCCCUCAGUGUCCUGGGGAGAGAACGUAACCCUGCAGUGUCGCUCUGAGAUCUGGUUCGAUACCUUCUACCUGUCCAAGGACGGCUCACCUGCUCCUCCCCAGCGCAUUCAUCUGCAGGACGCAGCUGCACCUUGUCAGGUCACCUUCAACAUGAGUCCUGUGGCCUCAGCCCAGGGGGGGACCUACAGGUGCUACGGCUCACACAGCAGCUCCCCCUUCCUGCUGUCACACCCCAGCGAGCCCCUGGAGCUGUGGGUCUCAGGAGGCUCUGAGGAUGCACCGGUCACCCCAUGGAGGGGUCCCAACUGGCACCUGUACGUCCUCGUCGGGGCCGCGGGGGCCUUCGUCCUGCUGCUCUGCCUCCUGGUGCUCCUCCUCGUCCGACGCCGGCGGCAGGGCAAAGGCAGGAAGCCGGCAGCUGCAGUCUCAGUGCCUGCGGAUGAAGGCCUGCCUGGGAGCUCGGGUCCUGCUGCUGCCGCCCAGGAGGAGAACUUGUAUGCCAUCAUGAAAGACAUAGAGCCUGAAGACAGACAGCUGGACAGCCAGGCUGUGGUCUCUGAAGACCCUCAAGAUGGGACCUAUGCCCAAGUCAACUGCUUGGUCUCUGAGGACCCUGAAGAUGUGACCUAUGCCCAGCUCAACUGCUUGACCCUCAGGCGGGAGACCAGCGGACCCCCAUCCUCCCAAGCAGAGGACCCUGCAGCAGAGCCUAGUGUGUAUGCGUCACUGGCCAUCCACUAACCCAGGCAGGUCCCUCACGCCAUACUCCAGGGGUCUGGAAGGCAGAGGAGCUGCCCACAGUGAGUGCUACCUGACCCCAGCCAGCCUGAAGGUGGGACAAGGAUGACUACUGGGACCUUCUGGAAAUUGUUCUAGGAAUUCCCAUCAUUACACAGCCCAUCUUACAGUUCCUGUAAGGGACCCUGCCCACUGCAAGGAUUCCACCUCAAGUGCCAACCCUGGGUAUGGGGGCAGGGCAGGACCUACCAACCAGCACUAGGAUGCAAGGACUCAGGAACACCCCCAAAGCCACAAGACUGACUCAUGGACAGCAGCUGCAGCCCAGGAGUUGCUCAAGGCCAAGGGCUUCUCAUUUCCUGAGACCAAGGCCUUUCUUCUCCUUCCAGAAGUAGAGAAAGGGAAGCCCAUCUCCCUCCUGGCCAGAUGCAGGGGGAGGGAAACAGGGCACCUUCAAUGUCCCCUUCCCAUAGGCCACUCACUAGGACUUACCCAUUUCCAAACCACACCAGAAUGAGUUAAGCCAGCCAAUCUUCUCCAAGGCUCCCUACCAAGAACCAACUACACUAGUUCAUUUCCACCAGUGACCCAGGUUCAGCUCUGCCCUCCCACCCAACAUUAACCCAUGACCUCCCCUGCUACUUCCUGUUUGGAAAGGACUCCACUGGACUCCAAUGCAAAUAGCUGGCUUGUCACCAGUCUCCCCACCGAAGUGGGGUCUAUGCCUCCUGCCCCAACCAGGACUGCCAGCUGGCAGGCUCCCCAGGCCCCUCUAAACAAGAGGGGGUGCUCCAAGUGUCAACUUGCUGGUUCAAGGAAGCCUGGUGAGGGACCCAGCCUGGGCUUUUCCUAACACAGAAGCCUGUGUGUUCAGAGAAGGAGGAGAGACAGACACCAAUAAACACCAGUUCCAAGGGUUGA